AUGUCACGAAGACAGAGAAUAAUUGGCUUAGCAAAGACAACCAGGGAUAACUACAUCCCUAAAAUAACGGGAUCGGUUUCCUCGCUAGCUGCCGGCGCUUCAAAAGCAUUUACAAAUCCCAGCGAGAUAUAUGAUGAACAAGGAAGGAUAGUGCUACCGAAGGACACCAAGAUACAACUAUAUCCCACGUACACCAGGCUCUUUGAAAACAAGUAUUAUGUAGAUAUUGCUGGCUGGGUAUCGGCACCAGGUCUGUUAACCAAUCGACGAAAUCGAAUGAUUCUUACAGUUAUAAAAAAAUCAAUGAGACAAAGGGACAGUUUUAGUGCAAAUCAAGAGUUGGAACAACUCAGGACAGACUCUAGUUUGGGACAGGAUACAUUCAAUAACGAUUCACCAACAUCAUCUGAUGCUGGUUCAAUAGCUUCUUUGGAAUCAGAGAAAAGUAUGAUGUCCAGGGACGGUGUUCCCUCGUCGGAAGAUGUGAUGAAAGACCGACUAGCUGCAUUUUUUGCAAAGUCAAUUCCCAAUACAGAGAUAAAAAUUACAAUUGGAUCAGAAAACCCGAAUCAAGAAGUUGCGGAUGCUUUAGUAAAAACCGAUGAUAGAGGUUAUUUUGCAAUUUCAAUACAAGUGGACUAUAAACCAUCAGUCGUGCAGGCGGUUUCGACAAUGGCAGAAACGGUAUUUGCAUUCCAAGAAGUAUUGGUUUAUCCUAGUGGUGGAAUUGGAAUUAUUAGCGAUAUUGAUGAUACUGUGAAAAAAACAGGAAUUGUUGGCGAUAAACGACUAUUGCUUCAAAAUCUACUCGUGGAGCACUACGAAACAUGGACCAUUCCACUGGUGGUUAAUUUCUACAACGAGUUGUGCAAAAAAAAAGACGUUAGCUUUUUCUAUGUUUCAAACUCACCUUGGCAGUUGUUCACUUCGAUACAACUGUAUUUUAAGCUGUCUGGGUUACCACUAGGAUCGGUGCACCUAAAAAAAUGGGUUGGCAAUAUAAUGUCUAGUUUGAUCGAGCCAUCACAUUCCCGGAAAAAAUUGGCGUUGGACAAGAUCUUGGAAGAUUUUCCAGAAAAAAAGUUUAUUUGCUUGGGUGAUUCUGGAGAGCAAGAUCUCGAGGCAUACGUGGAUUUGGCACAAUUAUUUCCAAACCAGGUGUUGUCGAUAAAUAUACGGUUUGUAGAAAAUUCUUUUUCUGAUUAUGACGAUUGGUACAUCUUUGAUGAAUUACAGCGGCUACUAGCCAAGAAGCAAACGAAUUCGACCAAGAGGAAAUUAAACGAAAAGAAUUUAACUAUACCAACUAGAGAGAAUCCAGAAAAACCAGUCAAUGCUUCUGGUUCCGCUUCGACUUCUACUUCGAAUUCAGUUUUUGGAGCUUCUUCGUCAUCGUCUGUACAAGAAGCCCCAAACUUGAUAGACUUGGAUACAGUUGUGACAUCACCUAAAAAGACAAUGCCCCCACUUCCCAAAAAGCCCAAAAAGCCCGAAAAUUUAAAAGGCACAUCACUAGACCACAAGACCAAUUCGAUACAGAAAGGGUCAGAUGAAAAUAUGUUUGAUGACAAUUUGCUAGCCGAAAACAGUUUUCAACCGAAUUCGGCAAAUACUUCCAUAGACAGAAGGCCAUUAUUUUCUAAUGUUUCUUCUGAUGGUCAAUGGAUGGUGGGUGCAGGUUUACCACCACUUCCUCCUCGCAGGCAACGAGCUCCCAAGAAUACCCCUCAAAAUAUAGAAUUAAAGGACGAGUUGGAUUUGAUUUGCAACUCUCCUGGCUAUAUAGAGAUAGAGGAAACGGAUAGGAAAGGUGCCAACUGGAUACGAAGAACUGUUGUUGCGCUUUACAUGCUCAAAAACACCAACACUACAAUUCAUUUUUUUACAGAUGAUGAUAAAGAAUUUUUUAAAAUGCUCCACACUCAAGUUGACGAGGCCUUAGACCUGGCCCUGGAUUGA